AUGCCUAGCUCGGCAAGGCCUUCGAGGCAAGCCAGACGCGACGACGGCGACAGAAUCGAACCAGGCGACGAUGAUCGAAGGAGGUGCCGCUCCCCGGAACGCAAGCGACGGAGGGUCGUUGAGUCACGGCGGAGAAGUGGCUCGCCCGAGGCAGACAGCAGAGGGGGUUCAACGCGGCGACACCGUGGCCGGCGCGAUGGAAGGACGUCGACGGCGGCGACGGCUGGGCCCGUGGGCGAUGGGCUGCCCUGCUCGGCACGGCCGCUGUCCAAGUCGGAUCUCCGGACCUUUGCCCCGCUCUUUGUGCACUACCUACGGCUGCAGAAACAAAAGGAAGCCGACGAGAUGGACGAGCGCGAGUUCAAAGGCCGGUGGAAGAGCUUCGUCGGGAAGUGGAACCGAGCCGAGCUCGCCGAGGGCUGGUAUGACGCCGAACUUUUCUCACGCAUCGUCGAAGAGGCACCGCCUGUCGACGAGUGGUGGGCACGGCGACCGGAGACUUUGUCACGGCCCACUGCCCAAGCACUCGCGAGGGAAGAUGACAACGACAACGACGAGGACGAGGACGGCGACGGCAGCAGCAAUCACGCGAAAGAAAAGUAUGAGGAACAAGACCAGGAUCGGGGGGAGGACAGCGACGACUACGGUCCGACUCUGCCGCGGCCCGACGCCAAGCGUCACGUUGGCGCCCAGGUCCCGUCCCUGCAAGACAUCUCGCUGCGCAACGAGCGGGCCCGAGAGUCUAGGGAGGCGGAUGCGGAAGCUCUCCGAGAGGCCCGCAAGGUAGAUCGGGUCCAACAAAAGGAGCGGCUCGAGGAGCUUGUGCCGCGGGCGGAAGCGGGCACUCGCGAGCGCAAGCUCGAGAAGCGACAAGAGGUCAACGAACGGAUGCGGGAGAUCCGGUCCACCCGCAGCCCCGGUUUGGAGGCGGCCGACGAGAAGGAGAUGAUGGGCGGCGGCGACUCGGUCGAAGAGUACAAGCGGAUGCAGGAGAGGGAGCAGAGGCGCAAGACGGAGCGGCAGCUGCGGCGGGAGGAGGUCGACAGGGCGAGGCGGGAAGAGGUGGCGGAGCGGCGGCGGGCGUGGCAAGAGAGGGAGGACGGCACUGUCAACAUGCUCCGAGAACUUGCGAGGCAGAGGUUCGGCUGA